AUGGCAUCUCAAGGUACCAAUAAUAUAUUUAUGCGUUAUGUUUUGGCCAUUGUGAUUGCCAUCAUUUUCACUCCAAAACUUAGUUUUGCCAAACAAUCAAAGUUAAUAGGCUUGAAAAUGAAUAUGAUUGAUGAAUGCUGGAGACCAAAUCCAGAAUGGAGGAGGCAUCGACAACAACUCGCGACUUGUUCCGUUGGUUAUGUUGGAAAAAUGACAAACAACAUUGGUAAGGAUCUCAUACAUUAUAAAGUUACUGACCCAAAUGAUGACCCCAUAAACCCGGAACCUGGUACUUUGAGGUAUGGAGCUUCUGUAAUUCAAGGUAAAGUGUGGAUCACAUUCCAAAGAGAUAUGCAAAUUAGACUCAUGAAAUCUCUUCUCAUUAGUAGUUUUACCACCAUUGACGGUCGAGGCGUUAACGUUCACAUUACUGAUAAUGCAUGCUUGAUGAUAUUCAAGGCCACCGACAUAAUCAUUCAUAGCAUUCGAAUUCAUAAUUGCAAAGCUCAAGCUCCAGGUAUGGUGAUGGGGCCUAACGGAAAAGUUAUUUCUUUAGGGCAAGUAGAUGGAGAUGCAAUUAGAUUGGUUACCGCGUCAAAAAUUUGGAUUGAUCAUAAUACGCUUUAUGAAAGUGAAGACGGCCUUCUUGAUGUCACGCGAGGUUCUACAAAUGUGACUAUAUCCAAUAAUUGGUUUAGAGAACAAGAUAAGGUAAUGCUUCUUGGACACGAUGAUGGGUAUGUGAGAGACAAAAACAUGAAAGUUACUGUUGUGUAUAAUCAUUUUGGACCUAAUUGCAACCAACGAAUGCCAAGGAUUCGCCAUGGAUAUGCACAUGUAGCCAACAAUCUUUAUUUGGGGUGGGUACAAUAUGCCAUCGGAGGAAGCAUGGGACCUAGCCUCAAAAGCGAAGCUAACCUCUUCAUAGCUCCAAAUGUUGGGAGUAAGGAGGUAACAUGGCGAAAAGAUGGUUAUAAAAAUGUUGACAAAUGGGAAUUUUAUUCGGUCAGAGAUGCUUUUGAAAAUGGAGCCUCAUUUGUGGUAACAAAAGGGGGACGCGUGCCAAAGCCAAAUUAUAGUAAAGAACAAGGUUUUAAAGUUGUUGAUGUUAAAUCAGUUAGAUCAUUGACAAAAUCAUCAGGUGCAUUUAAAUGUAGUAAAACAUCUAUAUGUUAAAAAAAAUGUAGAAGAGUAAUCUCAAGCAAAGUGUGCAUCACACCCAAAUAAUUGAUGAGGAUUUUCCAUCAAGACUUUGCUAUAUCAUAAAUUUUCAUUUUCGAACCU